AUGACAUCUCCGGCCAAUCCUGCCAAGGCUGAUUGGUUGGCAGAACCUCGAUGGGCGCUGCUGCUUGACAGCCCCAGGUUGCCCAACAUUCCAUCUCACACCCCAAGCCGCAUUGACUCCAAUAUCCCCCUUCAGACAAUCCACAGCAACCACAACCCCUCGGCAGCCGACCGAGGCGAGCAGUCCGAAUCACUGCUGCCGGACGCACAUCGGCCGACCGCCUUUGGCGUCUAUAACCCCUCCCAAACGGUCCGACAUCGCCGCAACGCCUCGACCGGCUCAGAGCCUGUUUCGUACGCUGGAUCCGAAUCAUCCUGGACGGACACAGGCGACAUUGCCGAGCAGCUAACCGCCGAGGAUCCCCUUCGUGACCGUCUCCUGGACGAGGCUGCUCAUGCCGAUUUCCUUGCUGGCAUUGUGAAGCGCCAAUCUCAGCACAAGAAACAUAAACGGGUUCGAUACCAAGAGUCCACAACUUCGUCUCGGAACCGUUCGACGUCACCAUACCAGCAUCACCGCGCUGGCCUCGUUAAUAAGGAAGCAAUACAUAUACCAGACGCUGUGGUUCCUGAACAGACCAGGGUCGAGCGCACAAUAGCCCGCAUCAUGUCGGGCGGUUCAAGUCCCAUCCAUGGCCUAACCGGCAAACCCUUGAUCUACUUCACAAGCGUCUUCGUGUCGCUGGGAGUGUUCCUUUUCGGAUAUGAUCAAGGAGUUAUGUCAGGCAUCAUCACUGGCCCUUACUUCAAAGAAUACUUUAACAACCCCACCAGGGCACAGGUCGGUGCCAUGGUGGCCAUUCUCGAGGUCGGCGCCUUCAUCUCGUCCCUGAUGGUUGGAAGAAUUGGCGACAUCAUCGGUCGCCGAAGAACCAUCCUUUACGGCUCCAUGGUCUUUUUCAUCGGCGGCGCCAUGCAGACAUUGGCCACAGGCUUUGAAAUGAUGCUGGCCGGGCGUGUUAUAGCUGGUCUCGGCGUUGGUAUGCUGUCAACCAUUGUACCAGUAUACCAGUCCGAGAUCUCACCCCCGCAUAACCGAGGAAAACUUGCUUGCAUCGAGUUCACUGGAAACAUCUUCGGUUAUGCGACCUCAGUCUGGGUUGACUACUUUUGCGGCUUCAUUACGAGCAACAUGUCAUGGAGGUUGCCUUUGAUGAUGCAGUGUAUCAUGGGCGCCCUACUCGGCCUGGGUAGCCUGAUCAUUGUCGAGUCGCCGAGAUGGCUAUUGGAUAAUGACCACGACGAGGAAGGAAUCGUUGUGAUCGCCAACCUCUAUGGUGGAGGUGACAUCCACAACUCAAAGGCACGCGAUGAGUUCCGCGAUAUCAAAAUGGAUGUUCUGAUUCAGCGCCAGGAAGGCGAGAGAUCAUACAGCGAGAUGUUCAAGCGUUACAGGACGCGUGUGUUCAUUGCCAUGUCAGCGCAGGCCCUGGCUCAGCUGAACGGCAUCAACGUUAUAUCGUACUACGCGCCAUACGUCUUUGAGUCUGCUGGAUGGGUAGGCCACGAUGCUGUGCUGAUGACGGGUAUCAACGGCAUAACUUACCUGCUCUCAACCGUCCCACCAUGGUACAUCGUUGAUUCUUGGGGCCGUCGGCCUAUCCUGCUCAGCGGUGCAGCCAUGAUGACCGGCUCCCUUGCUAUGAUAUCUUACUUUCUCUACCUCGAUAUCAAGCAAACGCCGAUGCUUGUUGUCAUAUUCGUUAUGAUCUACAACGCCGCAUUUGGAUACUCGUGGGGUCCCAUCCCCUGGCUGUACCCACCAGAGAUUCUCCCCCUAAGCAUCCGAUCCAAGGGAGCUAGUCUUUCAACGGCCACGAAUUGGGCAUUUAACUGGCUGGUCGGAAUGAUGACACCAAUUCUUCAAGAUAUCAUUCAUUGGAGACUAUACCUUGUGCAUGCCUUCUUUUGCGCUUCCAGUUUCGUCAUUGUGUACUUUAUCUAUCCUGAAACUUGCGGCGUCAAGCUCGAAGAUAUGGGUAGCCUCUUUGGUGACAGCACCACAGCGAUGGGCACUCCGGCAACGAUGGGAACACCGGCCCAGGACCCAGAGACAGGAUCUCUUCUCCGCCCCGGCUCUCCUAUCCCGCCGUUAGAUAUUCGAAAUGGUUCUGGAGGUCCCUUUGGAGCUGCGGGGGCUAUUCCCGGGUUGAACAUUGACCCGCCUGACCAGGCCGCUGUUGAUGCGAAGAACAGCAGAGACGCCCAAGACGGAGGCGGUGGCAUCGGGGCCUGGCUGUCUAGACUGAUGGGCCGUGGCAAGUCCCACAAUGGGCAGUCAAGUCGUGACGGUGUGGUCGAAGUUUUGGAUUUUGGGAUGGCUUGGACAAGCGAAGGCACGGUGUCAGGGUAUUUCCUCCCCGUGUUAGAUAGUGAAUGUGCUUAUCUUGCUGCAAUGAUUUCCUCCUCAAUUAUAAUCAAGGCCUACCGGGCACUGUAUCGCGCAUGCCUUCAGGCCGUCAUGUACUCGAAGCCGUCGCGCUUCGUGGUCCGCGAUCAACUACGCGAGGGAUUCCGAGACCCUUCCGGCCACUUUGACAAGGAGGCGGUACAGCGGACCGUGUUGUUCCUGCGGUCGGCGGCCAGGGAGCGUGGGCUAGCGCACAAGAUUGUCAAGAACCUGGUGCACGUGGCGUGGCGUCAGCAGAAAAUGGUAGCCUUGCCGUACCACAUCAGGUUGCAGCAGGCCAAGCAGGCACAACAUGAUCCCAUUGAAGUGACGGCUCUUGCUCACUACAAGCAAACCGUGGACAUGCUCAACCGUACCAUGAAGCUAUGCCUGAGGGAGCCCCCACGACUGAGCCUAGACGCAGUUGUCGCCACGCAUGCUGGCCUGGCAGACGAACAGCCGGAUAAGUGA